AUGGAAUCCAUUGAGGUACCUCCAAAUGACAAUAUAUCUUGGCUCGUCUUGCUCGGGACAAUCAUUACUAUUGUCCCAGCUACACUUUGUGUGAUCUUACGAUUUAUCUCUCGCUAUGUUUCCCGUGCCGGACUAUGGUGGGAUGACUACACUAUUGCAGCGGCAUUGGCCUUCAACUGGUCCCUUGCCAUCUUGAGAUGGGUACAGAUUGCAUUCUAUGACUAUGGCCGCCACUCCCAGUAUAUACCGUCCGAAGAUAUGGAAAACUUCCUCAAGAGUUUUUUAGCUGUUCAGAUCGUCUACUUCACUAAUGCUGUCUUUACCAAGGCAUCAUUGCUCCUUCUCUUCCACCGAAUCUUCGGUGUUGUCAAGGGCUUUCGCUGGGCUCUAUGGAUCUCCGGCGCUCUAGUCAUCGCAUACUUUAUCGCGUGUACCAUUACCGCAAUCACUUGUUGUUCGCCAGUAGCCAAAUUUUGGGAUCCAAGCCUGCCAGGUCAUUGCAUUGAUACAGUAGCAUUCUUCCGGUGGAAUGGCGUUGCCAAUAUGCUUCUCGACUUUUUGAUCCUUUGCCUCCCGCUCCCUAUGGCGUGGCGUGUGAAGACUACUAUUCGACAGAAGUGGGUUUUGACGGGACUUUUCAUGCUUGGUGGCUUUGUCUGUGUCGUUUCAAUUCUCCGAGUCACCAGUUUCAAGCUUUCAGACAUGAACGAUCCCACCUAUACAAGCGUCGAUCCAUCAAUAUGGUCCUCGGUUGAACAGUCUCUUGGCAUCAUCUGUGCCUGUCUCCCUACCCUUCGACCUCUAAUUCGAAGCCUGUCUCGUUCCUCGGGACCUUCUACAACAUCGGCAAGCAGUUCUUCUUCUGACUCUCAGAAACGGUGGUCGGCACCUGUUGAUGAGGAAGGCGGUAUCAUGGAUACUACUCUGUCAUCUGUGCCGCCUGCACACAUUCGUCUGGCUUCAGCUCAAGAAUUAGAUAUACUCCAAGGCUCUGACUGGGCAUCUGAGUUCCACGGCGACGAUUUCCGUCCUAUUUCACAAACUUCCCGGGCAAUUGAGAUCAGUAGCCCCGUUUCUGCGGCUGAAUUGGUUGCUUGA